UACCACACAAUUCCAACAGUCCUCCUUCCCUUGCGCUCCUAAAUUUAGAAGCAUAAACAACCACACCAACAUCUCCAAAACUAUAUAUAGCCCCCAUCUCGUCUUCCCAAAAUCAUUAACCGGCUCAGAGCCAAACAAACAUUGAGUUCUGCUAAAUAAAACAAUAAUAGAUGGCUGACACAAGGAAUAAGUUCACGGCCGCGGCCGCCCUAGCCUUCCUCCUCCUCGCGGCGUUCAUGAUCUCCGCUGCCCACGCCCAGGACCCCCCUAAAGAAGACAAGAAGGAAGGCGAGAAAACUGAAGGCGGAGGCGAGUCGGGGACGGCGUCCAAAUUCUGCGCGAGCACCGACUACAAGGAGACGUGCCAGAAGAGUCUAGAGAAGGCCAACGGCACUCAGCCUAAGGACCUCAUCAAGGCUGCGUUCGACGCCUCCGUGACCGAGCUCGAGGGCGCCAUCAAGAACUCCGAAGCCUUCAAGACCGUCCAGUCCGACCCCUUGACCGAGAAGGCGCUCGCUGUCUGCGAGGAGGUUCUCAACAUCGCCAUCGACGACCUCAGAAGGUCGUUCGACAAGGUCGACGCGCUCGACACCGGGAAGCUGAAGGACAACAUCGCCGACCUCAGGAACUGGCUCAGCGCCACCAUCGCCCACAAGGAGACUUGCAUCGACGCGUUCGACAACACCACCGGCGAAACCGGCGCCAAGGUGAGGGAUCUUUUGAAGACUUCCGGGGAGCUUUUGAGUAAUGGUCUUGCGAUGAUUUCCCAAUUGCAAAAGUUUGUUUCGUCGAUUGAUUUUGGGAAAAUCGCGGACGGGAUUAAGGGCCUUACCGGCGGUGGGGAGAAGAGGCAGCUGCUUAGCAAUGAGGAGGAGGUACCGGAUUUCGUGGACGUGCACGCGAGGAGGCUGAUGUCGGCUGGUCCGGUGACAUUGAAGCCGGAUGCGACGGUGGCGCAGGACGGGAGCGGGCAGUUCAAGACUAUUUCUGAGGCGAUCGCUACGGUGCCUCUUAAGAGUACCAAGCCGUUUGUGGUUUUCGUGAAGGCCGGUUUGUAUAAGGAGUAUGUCGUGGUUCCGAAGGGCAUGAACAACGUUGCGAUCGUCGGAGAGGGACCGGAUAAGACGAGGAUCACCGGUGACAAGUGUGUCAAAGGAGGGACACCCACCUUCCAAUCUGCAACUCUAACCGUGACAGGGGAAAGCUUCAUGGCGAAGGACAUAGCGGUGGAGAACACGGCCCCCGAGAGCCAGGCGGUGGCGCUGCGAAUCAACGGGGACAUGGGCGUGUUCCAAAACGUCCACCUCGACGGGUUCCAGGACACCCUCUACUCCCACAGCUACAAGCAGUUCUACCGCGACUGCCGCAUCAGCGGCACCAUCGACUUCAUCUUCGGGGACGCGAAGACCAUCCUCCAGAACUGCGAGAUCGUGGUGCGCAAGCCCCUCCCGAACCAGGCGUGCAUGGUGACCGCGCAGGGGCGCAAGGACAAGAAGGGCGACGGCGUGAUCGUCAUCCAGGGCGGCACCAUCAUAGCCGAGAAGGCCUUCAUCGAAGCCAACCCGCCGCACGAGGCCUUCCUGGGGCGGCCAUGGAAGGAGUUCUCCAGGACCAUCAUCAUGCAGGCCAACAUUGACGCCUGCAUCCAGCCCACCGGGUGGUCUCCCUGGAUGGGGACGUUCGCGCUCAACACGCUAUACUACGGAGAGUGGGCCAACACCGGCCCCGGGGCGGAUCUGUCUAAGCGGGUCAAGUGGAAGGGUAUUAAGAAGAUGACGGCGGAGAUUGCGGCGGGAUUCACGGCUCAGAAGGUGUUCGUUUAUGACGAUUGGAUCAAGAAGACUGGAGUUCCGUAUGAGCCUGGGAUGCUGCCUAAAUAAGUGCACUUGCUGUUUGUCUUCUUCAUUUUUUGGAGUUUGAACUAAACUCAAUUGUUUCUGUUUUUUUUUUAUUUUUUAGCGAUUUGUUGAUGGCGAUGGAUAUUCCGCCCCAGUUAUAUUUUUUGUUUCUUAGUUUAAAAUUAAAUUAGUAGUAGUAGUAGUACAAUCUUAUGGACAUCUUCUACUUGGAGGUCCUCAUUAAAUAAUGGUGUCAAAUGUAUUUAAAAUUUUUGCAUUUGAUAUGAUAUCCAUUUUUUAUUAUUAAA